AUGAAUAUCGAAGCAAUUAAAGAGGCAUGGUUUUAUGAUGACAUAACAACAAGAGGAGUUUCGUUUGAUGGGUUUCUUCCACAAGCGUGCAAGACGCCUUUAGGAAAUAUGCUUUUAGGAAAUACGCCGGAAUUUGAGCUGAUUCAUACACCAGAGAAAAUGGCAGAUUUCCAGAACAACGAUUGGUAUCGUAAGGAUUGGAAAUUAGGAGACACCUUGUUGACAUUUUCCCCUCUGCAACGGGAUAAACAUAUAUUGGUUGAUGCUUAUCGGAGGGAGAUGGCUAAAAUCUUGUCCUGUCCUUGUGAUUCAAAAUAUUGUAAACAUGAUGCUUCGUGUGGUGCUUGGCCUACCCAGGGAUCCUGCCGAGGGCUGAGCACUCUUUGCGAAGAUGUGUCUCGUUAUGGGGAUGUGAUGACCGGCAAUAACGUCUUGGACGAUGGGAAAAUUUAUGAUGUCAAAAAGGAAAUUUAUCGUUUAACAGACCGUGUAUUUGCUGCACUGGCAAAAUGUUAUGAAGUUGAUGCAAGCGGAACUUUUGCUAUACUUGACGAACUGGACAAAAGGAAAAUAAUUUCGUCGGAAGCAAGAGAUAACUUUGCAAGUGCUUCGGCAAUUGCAAUUAAGCUAAGAAUAAGUACUUAUCUUAAAGCUGGAAAACAAGGGGAACAACUCAUGGCAAGUUCAAACGAAGAAUCAGGGAAGUUGACUUCUGUUUUCUAUAUGCCAAAUAAUGAAGAACUGUUUCACUUUUUCUUCAUUGCCAUUCCUUUUUAUGAAGAGUUACAAAAGUUCAAGCAAGCCGAAAACAUACCGCCGUCGCUUACACACAGUCCAUUCUAUGACGAUUCUGACAUCACGGUGGGUCAUAUAUAUUGUCGCUUGUUAAACUACGACGGAGCUCUUAAAUGCUACGACCGUACUCUUCAACAGGAUCCAGAAAACCUGGGUAUUGAAAUCCGUCGAAUAAGUAUUGCACUUUGUAUUACAAAGGACACAGAAGAGAUGGUUAAGAUUCGAGAAAAUUUGGAUACCUUGUUGUGUAAGAUAGACCAAAGUUGGUCAGAGCCGCAUCAGGAAACCACAUCAUUCGUCAAUCGCUUGGACUUCGAGGAAAUUCGGCAAUUGAUAGAAGUAUUGCGUUUGGCUUCCUCGUUUUUUGAUUGUCCCAAAUAUUUUGAAUUGGCAGGAAACAUUCUGUUUCAAAAUCUGGCGGUAGGUGGAAGUAAAUACGUGAGUGCUAGAAAAGAACUUCUCAUAAUGGGAAUCGCGUUUAUGAUACAUUUACCUGAGCGUUCUGAACAGUCGGCCUUAGUUGACGUCGUAACUUCUGAAAUUACAUCUUUAAUUGACAAAGAAGGUGUGAGCACUAAAAGUAUUUUGUGGUUAAAUAGGCUUGGUGAGUUUCUAUUUGAAAUGUGUAAAAUUGACAAGGCUUAUCGUUGUUUUCAAAGAGCAUUGAGUAUGGAGCGCCUCCUUUACCAAACCAAGCCAAACAUGAAUAUAAUGACAUCUUUAUAUUUUCUUGGGAUAACCUCAUACGACUUGUCGAUGUAUAGGGAAAGCAAAUUUUACGACGAAUCGUUGGUGCAACUGUUUGAAUCAUUUGGUGGACCUAACGCUAGAUUAAUGGUUAAGAUGGCUUAUCUUCGUUUGGCGUCGGUGAGCCGCAUAUUGGGAAAUUCGUCGGAGGAAUUUGUGUGUUACUUCGUAUAA